AUGGCACCGUAUGAAGCACUAUAUGGAAGAAAGUGUAGACUUGAUGCAGUUGAUGAACGAAGGGCACUUGGACUUGAUGCAGUCGAAGAGAUGGUCGAAAUCGUUCGACAAAUCCGUGCGCGAAUGAAGAAAGCCCAGGACAGACAAAAAUCGUACGCCGACGUCCAACGGACGGACUUACAGUUCCACGCUGGUGACAAAGUUUUCCUCAAGGUAUCCCCGUCGAAAGGGAUAACGCGUUUUGGAGUUAAAGGGAAACUGAAGCCACGUUUCAUCAGACCAUACGGAAUUCUUGAAGGAGUAGGACUCGUAGCUUAUAGAUUAGCGUUGCCGCCCAGCCUUGGGAACGUGCACAAUGUUUUCCAUGCGUCGCAGUUACGAAUACACGUGUUCGACCCGAAGCAUGUGAUUCGCUAUGAGGAUGUUGCCGUACACCCGGAUCUGGGCUACGAGGAGCAACCCCAGAUGAUCUUGGAUCAAAAGGUCCAAACCUCGAGAAAUAAAUCCACUGCCUUCGUGAAAAUACAAAGGAGAAACCACGGGCCCGAGGAAGCCACGUGGGAGCUUGAGGAUAAGAUGAUAGAACUAUACCCGAAACUCUUUCCAUAG